UAAAUUGAAAAUAUUACAGAAUUUCAGUGUAAAAGUUAAAUGAAACAAAGUGGAAAAAUGAGGACUCCAGAUGACUGUUCAAAGGCAUUAUUUGUCCCCAAAAACUAAUUCUCCAAAUGGUCGAAACACAUCCGGUAACAGAGAAGCCUCGAGUAUAUGUUGAAGAACCAGAACGACUGCCAAUCUCAAUUACAAUUAAUAAAACUCCAAAUCCAACAAAAGUACUAAAAGAUAAGAAAAUCUUGGUCAACUUCUUAUACAACCCAUUUACAUGGAGAUCUCGAAAACUUACUUUUGAAUGGAAACCAAACAAAAGUGUUAAUAUAUGUGAAUGGUAUAAGAGAAGGCGCGCUUUGAAUGAACUCGAGAAUGAACGAAAGAAAGAACUGCGGGCAGAAGACGCUGCAAGACGUGAUGAAUAUGAAAACCAGCGAUUGCAUGAAUUGACUAUAUGGGAAAAUUUAAAAAAGAAAAGACUUGAAAAGGAACGAAAGCGCAGAGUUCAACGUUUGUACGACAGCCCUAUUUAUAAUGAGCCAACACCAGUUAUCAAAACCAAAAAAAUUAAAAAAGAAAAUACACAUGAAGCUGAGAAAAGUUUAAAUAUAAAGGAAAGGCCCCUGAAACCUAUAAAACGUGUAGAAGAAAUAAAAGAAGAAAACCCAACUCCAAAAACUAAAUUAAAAAAAAAUAGGAAAAUAAUUGAGGAACCACCCCUGCCUAAUAUUGUAAUUGUCGAACAACCGCAAUACAAAAUAGAAAAACAGAAGCCGUGCGUAAGACCUACUGCUCGGUCUAAAUAUGUGACUGUGAACAAAUUCAAUACCAGGAGAACAAUAACGGACAGAUUCGUGAACUGCUGCUACAAGGUUUGCUGUCAACUGUACUGUUACCUCACCUGUAUUGUGGUCAUCGUGUUCACUGUUAUUUUUCUCAUUUAAAUAAAACAAAUAUAAGUAUACAGUAUCAUUUAUUACAAUACCUAACGAUAUAGUAUCUAUUUUAAAACAUACAACAUU